AUGUAAUUAAAAAAGAAUCAAAAUCAAAACCAUCUUCAUUAUCACACUAGAAGCCAUUCUUUAAAUAAAUCAUAUUCAUCUAAACAACCUACUGCCAAUUUACCAAUAUUACUCAGACAAUAAACAACUUUUACAAAAACUAAAAUUAAUAACGAAAAUGAAUCUAGUUUUGCAAAUUAAAAUACAGAAAUUUUAGGGGACUUUCUAUUACCAUCCUUUAAAUAUACAAAAAAGUAGAAUAUUAUUUUAGCAGAUGAACUCACAGAGAAAGUUUCAUCGUUACGCAAUAAUGCUAAUUUAAAUAUUGCUAAAUAAAUAGCUAGAAAAAGAGUUAAAACAUAACAUAGUGAUUUAGAUAAUUCUAUAAUUUCAUCUUAAAGAUUGAUUACCGAUCCAGGAAUAGUUGUUUAAAAGAAAUUUCAAAAUAAUCAAUUUCUAAUUGAUAGAGUAUAGGUUUCUGAAGAAGGAGUCAAAUUACCUUACAGACUUUAUAUGAUAAAUAAAUAAAGAAAAAACUUGAUUUCUUAAAUUUUAACUAACACAAAUAUUAAUGGUAAACUUCAAGAUAAUUAAAAUAAUUCUAAAAAUAAAGAUUUAACAGAACAAUUGGUUGCUUAAAUAAAAUAAUCCUAAUUAUAGAAAUCGAAAAAGGCUUUAACUUCUAAAAGUUAUAUGAAUAAUGCAUUUUAUUCUUUAUUGGCCUUAAAUAAAUAUUCAUAAGAAGCUGUUAAAUUAAAAUAUAGAUAAAAUUUGCCAAAAGACUCAAGAUUUUAUAUGCUGUGA